AUGGCAGCAGCUGACGCCCUCUGCUUCACGUUGUGGAUCUCCACAGUCGUCAGCGCCGGGCUCGGCUGCCCUGAGCUCUGCAGCUGCUUCAAUAGAAAUGCUGAAUGCUCCUACAAAGACUUCACAGAGGUCCCCAGUGGUUUUCCUUCCAACGUGAUCAGAUUGAGUCUCACCGCCAACAAGAUCAGCCUGAUUCCGCGGGGGAGCUUCGACAAUGUGAUCCAGGUGACGUCCCUGUGGUUGGCCCACAACGGGAUCGUCUCCAUCGAACAGGGGACCCUCGCUCCUCUGGUUCAUCUGCGUAACUUUGACAUCAGCCACAAUAAAAUCGUGGAUUUUCCCUGGGAGGAUCUGCAGAACCUCACGGGCCUGCACCUGCUGAGGAUGGACCACAACGAGAUGACCCACCUGCCGGGGAACGCCCUCUCCAACCUGAAAGACCUGAGGUCCCUGCGACUGGACAACAACAGGUUCACAACCAUCGCCGAGGGGACGUUUGAUGGUUUGGCGUUUUUGUCCCAUUUGCAGAUUAACAACAACUUGUUUGCGUGCACCUGUUCCCUCGACUGGCUCCGAGCCUGGAUUUCAACGACCAGCAUCUCGGUCCUGGAGCAGAACUCGAUUGUUUGUGAAAGUCCAGAGAAACUCAAAGGAGAAGUGAUCGGAAAGUUCCCAGAGUCAAAGUGCAAAAGCCCAAAAGUCACAAUACGAACAAAUAUCCAUGACUCGACUGUCUUAGAGGGGAGAACACUGGUCCUGACUUGUGAAUUCAAAGGAAACCCGAAGCCCCUGGUGCUCUGGAACAUCCGCAGCAGGAGCCUGAAGCAGGAAGUGGCUCUGUCGUUCACCGAGGACGACUCGGCAGAAUCCAACGAGGACUUUGCUCUGUCCCAUCAUCGCCUCAGAGUCUUUAACAACGGGACUCUGAUCAUUCCAAGCCUGAGGAGAGAAGACGCCGGUAACUACAGCUGCUCGGCCACAAACGAGGUGGGCAGAGCCGACGACUCGGUGGCGGUGACGGUGACGGCUUCACCACAGCGAACGCCCUUAGGACAGUGGACCACGACGCCCACUCACAUCCAAACACGCCCAACAACAGAGAAAACACCCGACUCUGACUCGGUGCGUCUGCCGGAUGUGAAGACACAAGACGUCCUGAGCGUUGACCCGACCGUCUCGUCCACUGAAGAGAUGAAUUCUCCGUCUCACGAUGAGGACACUCCGUCACGUGCCGGUCGAUGUGGCCUGACGGUGAACACCAGGUACAUCUCUAACCACGUGGUGAACGGCAGCCUGGAGGACAUCAAACACUACACCUUUGAUUUUGGCGUCAUUGCCUUGGGGGUGUCAGAGACGGAGGCCACAGUGCGACUCAGCCCGCUUCUCAUACCCCGAGAGAAGAGCAUCAACCAGGCUGCUCCCACGUCCGGGAGCCCCCCCACCGACAGCAGAGAAGGUCACGACCUUUCAGACGUCUCCGUCCACACCAACGGAUUGUACCUGUGUGUCUCCGCCGAUCGCCAACACUCGGCCGUGCAGUGGUCGAGAAUCAGAGAAGGCGUCGGCACGUACCUGUUCAGCGGUUUACGCCCCGGCACCAACUACUCCCUGUGUCUGACCUACAGGGGGGAGGAGUGCGAGGUGCAGGUGCUGUUCACCACCAGGAGGCGUGUCCCCAACCUGCUCAUCAUCGUCUCCGUCAGCAUCUGCCUCCUCACCGUGUCCACCGUGCCACUGCUCGGCGCCACCUGCUUCCACCUGGUGUACAAGUACCGCGGCAAGACGUACAAGCUGAUCCUGAAGGCCAAGGACCAGUGCCACAUGGAGAGGAACCUCGCCGCCAACUUCAACAUCCGAGCGCCGCACACCGACUCCCGGAGGAAGAUCAACGGCAGCCAGCUGGACGAGGAGGAGGGGGAGAGCGGGGGCGAAGGGGGGGGCGACCUGGCGGACAGCGUGGUGACCGAGUCGCUCACUUUGUCUCAGUGCCGGGGAAACGUGGACGACUGCGAGGUCGGAUCUGAGUUCAGUGAUAAGUUACCUCUGGGAGCUGAAGCUGUGAAUAUCACCAGCAACUACAAAUAUCCCAAUCAGUAA